GGCAUACUUCAAUGAAUUUGCGAUUUAUCUCGUCCAAACGAUGGACGGACCAAUGAAUGCCGGGGGUCUAGCAAUUAGCCAAUCAGCGCCACGCUGAUGUCAAGCUCUACGCCUGUGGGUAACUGGUGAGGAUAGCAACAAUGGCGACCGCUACAGAUCCUACAGACCACAUUAAUGAUACUAUCGAGGUAUUUCGCCACUACUCGCGUUAAUGGAGGAUCAAAUUAAGGAAGCUGCUAAACUGGAUUUAAUGGCGAUGCAGCUGGGCGUGCACGACAACGGAGACAUUUUAAACAGGCAAUGCUCGCUUGUUUUCGGCACCCCCGAGGCAUGGAUACUAAUGACGUCAGAUUCUGGGUCAUAAAGGCUAUUCUCACCAAAGUUGAUUUAGCCUGUCCUGAGGUGAAACAAAAUCUAAACAAUGCCUAUAAGAGCAUCUACCUGAAGGAACAGGUCGACAAAGUAAACGUAUUGCUGGGCAUUCCACAAGAUUGCAUCUUUCUUGUGAAGAACUACGGAACAAAUCCCAACAUCAAUGAUGACAUGAAUGCACUGAUAAUGAGCGCACUGAGACAGAUGAUUACCUUUGGAGAAGACUUCCUCAGCGACCUGUAGACCAACAUACUGCUGACACAAACCUUGGUCAA